AACUAAUAUAAGUCAACGACAAAAAUAGGUAGCUAGAAUAACUAGAUUCUCCGCACUGGAGUCAUAUAUGUUUGGCUCUGGUGUGUUUACUGUUUAGCCAUUAGAGAACAAGAAAUGGAACAUUUGGAGGAAUCCAUAACACUUUUGGAAGAUGGCCUUUUGCAGAAUGAAGACUCUAUUCACACUGGAGAUGGGACAGUGAACAUCAAGGGAGAGGUUGCCAUCAAGAGCGAAGGCGGGACAUGGAAAGCAUGCCCCUUUGUUCUAGGUACUUUCUUCUGCGAACGGUUGGCCUAUUAUGGAAUUGCCAGUAAUCUUGUCACCUAUCUAACAACCAGACUUCAUGAAGGGCCUGUUUCUGCAGCAAGAAAUGUUACCACCUUUCAGGGAACAUGCUACCUUACACCUCUGCUUGGAUCCUUCCUUGCUGAUGCAUACUGGGGAAGAUAUUGGACAAUUCUUGUGUUCUAUGGAAUUUAUCUCUUUGGAAUCUGCACAUUGACCCUUUCAGCAAUCUUUUCAGCUCAAAGUGCUGUAUUCUUCCUUGGAAUCUAUUUGAUUGCAGUAGGGACUGGUGGGAUCAAGCCAUGUAUAUGGCCCUUUGGAGCAGACCAGUUUGAUGAUACAGAUCAUAAGGAAAGAGCAAGUAAAGCAUUAUUCUUCAAUUGGAACUACUUCACUAGCAACAUUGGUGCACUCAUAGCAACCACCAUAUUGGUAUGGAACGAAGAAAAUAUAGGAUGGGGACUUGGAUAUGGAAUUGCAGCGUCGUUUAUUGGCAUUGGAAUGAUAGUGUUCUUUCUCGGUACACGUACCUACCGGUUUCUUAGGCCAGGGGGAAGUCCUAUUACAAGAAUCUGCCAAGUGGUUGUUGCUUCUUUACAUAAGAGGAAAUUGGAGGUACCUCAAGAUACCUCUCUCCUCUAUGAAACUGUGGCAGAGAAUUCAUCUGUUGAAGGAAGUCUUAAACUCGAGCAUACCAAUGGAUUGAGGUGCCUUGACAAAGCUGCAGUGAAAUCAGAUAUAGAAAAAGGGAGUGAGGAAGUAACUAAACCUUGGAGGCUUUGCACUGUGACACAGGUGGAAGAGCUGAAGAUUCUAAUCCGCAUGAUUCCAAUCUGGGCAACAGGAAUCAUCUUCAGUUCUGUCUAUGCUCAAAUGUCCUCGCUGUUCAUUGAACAAGGGAAAAUGAUGGACAGGACUAUUGGUUCUUUCACAAUUCCCGCGGCAUCUCUUUCAACUUUUAAUAUAGUUGGUGUCAUCAUUUGGGUUCUCAUCUAUGAUAGAGUGAUUGUUAAAGUUGCAAGACACUUCACUGGCAAUGCAAGAGGCUUCACAGUGUUGCAGAGAAUGGGAAUUGGCCUGUUUCUCUCCAUGACUUGCAUGUCAGCUGCAGCUAUAUUAGAGAGCAAGAGAUUACAAAUAGCAAGAGAACAUGGAUUGGUAGAUGAAGAUGUUUCUAUUCCACUUAGCAUACUGUGGCAAAUACCUCAGUAUUUUUUGCUAGGUGCUGCAGAGGUGUUCAACUUUAUAGGACAGCAUGAGUUCUUCUAUGAGGAAGCGCCAGAUAGGAUGCGAAGUUUCUGCAGCGCAUUGGCGCUUCUGACGAAUUCACUGGGAAAUUACCUGAGUUCUUUUGUUGUCACAAUUGUUGCUAGACUCACAAGAAAGGAUGGAAGUCAUGGAUGGCUACCAGAUAAUUUGAAUGAGGGCCAUCUUGAUUACUUUUUCUGGCUUCUAGCUGCACUUAGUUUCUUAAAUAUGUUGGUUUACAUUGUCUAUGCUAGAAUGUACAAACAGAAGACAUAUUGCAGGAACCUUUCUCAAAGGCUUAAUUAAUUUCUGUCUGGUAGAAUUCUAAAGAGAUGUUCUGAUCCUAGUCUUAGAAGAGCUGUUUGAGAUUUUGGUCACUAAUCCAAGAACUAGUAAGAAGUGAACCACUGUACUCACUACAAGAGAAUGAAACGGAAUGAGAGGAUCUUGUAUCCCCA